AUGACCUCUCCUGGGAUAUAUCGCCCUGUGUCGGAGGAAGUGGAGCACGACAUCAUGGUGUCAGCUCUCAAGCAAGUGAUCAACGGCGGCAUUGAUGGUCUCACCCAGGAUUUGCACCUUCAAAUGCUACCACCCGCCGCCCAGAAUGACACUUCAGCAUCAUUCCCUUCAAUUGGAGCCAGCGUGGAUGCUGACGCGUGCCCAGUAUCCAGGAUUAACUGUCCGGGGUGCGAUCUCUUCCUCCCCAUUACAGAAAGCAACGAGAAGAAGGACAAAUCGUCGACAGCGAUGACGACGACGAAGAAGAAGUACAGGGGAGUAAGGCAGAGGCCGUGGGGGAAGUGGGCGGCGGAGAGAAGGGACCCGAGGCGAGCGGCGAGGGUUUGGCUGGGGACGUUCGAGACGGCGGAGCAGGCGGCGAGAGCAUACGACAGGGCUGCAUUGGAGUUCCGCGGAGCCAGGGCGAAGCUCAACUUCCCAGAGUCGGACUACGGGGAGACAAGCCAAAGCGCAGCCGCAGAGGAGGCUAAGCCAAACGUAGGGGAAGGGGCGGAUGAGUCGAAGAGCAGCAAUACAGUGAGUGUGGAAGUGGGAGAGAGCUCUAAGGAAGAGAAUGAAUUCUGGGAUAAGUUCACUGAGGACGAGCUUAGAGGGAUGAUGACGGAUUUGUAGCAUUCGCUUUGAGAAUAAACAAAACUUGAUAAAACGGAGACGUAUUAGCAUUACAGUAUA